AUGUCAUCCACAGAAGACUUCGACGUGGAUGGGAAGACGGUCGCACGGGUAAUCGCCGAUCACGCUGAAGACUUGAAGUAUAUAGAUCAUGAUGCGGUCAUGACUCAUAUGAGGAAAAACGGAAUGAUCGAAAGCAACGAAUACGCCGAAGUGAGAAAGAGGUCGUCCGAGGAAAAAAGAUUGUUCCUCGAGGAACAACUCCCGAGGAAAGGUGAUGCUGCAUUUCGGAUGUUCUUGAAGUGUCUCCGGGACAGCGGCCAGGUGAUACUGGCCAGAAAAAUGAAGAAUCCGAUGUCAUCCACAGAAGACUUCGACGUGGAUGGGAAGACGGUCGCACGGGUAAUCGCCGAUCACGCUGAAGACUUGAAGUAUAUAGAUCAUGAUGCGGUCUUGACUCAUAUGAGGAAAAACGGAAUGAUCGAAAGCAACGAAUACGCCGAAGUGAGAAAGAGGUCGUCCGAGGAAAAGAGAUUGUUCCUCGAGGAACACCUCCCGAGGAAAGGGGAUGCUGCAUUUCGGAUGUUCUUGAAGUGUCUCCGGGACAGCGGUCAGGUGAUACUGGCCAGGAAAAUGAAGAAUCGUUGCAUGGCAAUUUUGAACCGUGAUCAGUCCUCAACAACCAAUCGUCAUGGUCAAGCUUUCGAAGGAACUCGGGAAGGGGGAUAUGAAUCACGCUCAGGGAUAGAUGAUCACAGGUUGCCUGGUGAGGAGACGCUGGAAGCAGGGGCACCCAUACUGGCAGACGAACUGAUGCAGACGCUGAAUGAUCUGUCGAAUGCGGUAGCCCAGGCGAAGAAUAUGGCAGAGCGUUUCAAAGAGCAGGGGGUAUAUUAUGCAAGGAAAUUUGAUGAACUUGAGCAGCGGCUCAGGAGGGAGCAAUAUCAGCAUCGAGAGACAGAGCGGAACAGGCAAAUGAUAGAAAUGGAGCUAAAGAAAAGAAGUGCACAGGUGGAAGAGUUGCAAAGGCAGUUAGACGUGGGAAAGACGGAGCUUCCACAAGCCAGGGGAUGGAACAUCGACACGGUCUCUCAGGCUCAGAUGCCGAUGAAAGAUGAGCUGUUCCCGUGGCAGCUAACUUGGAUGCCCACACACCAGACGCCCAGAUGUCGAGUCCAGACCAAGGCAGAUCUGUUCACUUGGUUAAGGAAGUUGAGCAAACAAGAUCUUGUUGUAAGUCACGUUUAUUCGCACACAAACGUGAAGACGGGCGACGUGGAAGAGAUCGAGAGCAGAAUUGCCGAGAAAAUGAGUCACUGGAAGAGGAUUUGGACUUUCCUUGAUGCAAAUUUGGAUGAGGACUGGGCUGUCGACUUCUUUGGCAUAGAAGAGAACAAAAAAGGUGAGUCCUUAUCAAUGGGCUGUGGAGUGACUCAGUUGUUGCUGCAGCAGCUGCAAGAUGACUUCAAGGAGAAGGAAAAGAAGCUGGUGAACGAGAACAUGGCAAUGAAAGCUCGGAUGGAGGAGAUGUCAAAGGCAUUGGCUAAGCAGAAGGAGAUGAAAGUGAAGCAUAAGACCAAGAAGAAAGAACUGAAGAAGCAACUCGAGAAGGAGCAGCUCGCGCGUCAAGAGGCAGAGCGGAAGAAACGCGUGAUCAAGAGAGAGCUCAAGGAAAGUAGAGCGCAGGUAGAAGAUCUGCAGCAGAAACUGUUGAAUUCAGCCUCUGAGAAUGAGAAAAGAGAACUCGAGGAGCAGCUGAAGAGGGAGCAGUCUUUGCGUGAAGAGACAGCGCGACAGAAACGCAAGAUCAAGAAAGAACUCAAGAAAUACAGAGCUCAAGUCGAAGAGUUGCAGCAACAAUUCGCUAGUGUUAACGUGAAACCUUCGCACGCCCACCCAAAGGACGACGAGAUACCUCCCCGAACUCCGCUACCGAUGGAACAUCGAAUGCAUCAAUCACACUCAACUCAGGCACCGAGAUGCCAUGUUAAGAGCAAAGACGAGCUUCUCGCCCUAUUGAACAAGGACAAGGAUUCACCUCGUAUCGUUUUCAUCAAUGCCUAUUCACACACGAGUGUGAGAAUGGUAGAAGUUGAGAAGAUGGAGAAGAAAAUCAAAGCGAAAAUGAGUGAUGUGGUAUUCCUGGAUGUCGAUUUGGACUCCGACUGGACGGAGAACUUCUUCGUGGAUGGGAAACUGGACAAAAGUGGUCACUGGAUUAUUGUGAUGUCACAAGCACAUUCUUCCUUGGAUGCCAUUGGGGAAAUAUUGCGGCAAUGGGACAUACGUGGGGAAUAUGUGGGGUUUGCCUGGAGUUUGCCACAAUGGAUUGGAUGUGUGCCUCGUGAAUACGUCAUACUUAAUGGGGCAAACACAACUUGCGUGGACAUUCUUUGA